AUUUGAGAAUAUUCUUUGUAUGCCAAAGAGGAUUAGAUCUUCCUAUUUGCUAUUUCACUGCAAAUUGCAAAAGCAAACCCAAGAGAAAUUAGAAACAAAAGAGAGCAGAGGAAGAGAAGAACAGCACCACCAGACCACCACAACCACACACCAAUCACCACCGCCAGCCUUUCCUUGCCCGAUCUCAGCCAGAAAUCGCGAACCUACUGCUCGCUCGUGGCCUCUGUCUGUGGCUUGCAGUCCUUUAUCUCUGCAGAAGCAAAGCCAGAAAGCAAGCCCUUCAUCUCUGUGUAGAAGCAGCCAGAAAGCAGAAAGAAAACAGAGCAGCGAAGUCACCGGCGGCCAACUGCCUCCGCGAUCUCAGUCGUCGGCGACUCCACAGCUACCUCCCAGGAUCUCAGCCAAAAAUGGCAAACCUGCUGCUCGCUCGUGGGCUCCGUCUGCGGCUUCCAGUCCUUUGUCUCUGUAGAAGCAAAACCAGAAAGCAAGGUUCAUCUCUGUGCAGAAGCAGCUAGAAAGCAAAAAGAAAACAGAGCAGCGAAGUCACCGGCAGCCAACUGCCUCCCCGAUCUCAGCCGUCGCGACUCCACAACUGCUUCCCCUGAUCUCAGCCUUUCGCCGCUGCCCUUCCUCUCCUUCCACUGACAAAACAGAUUUGCAUUUGCAUAAAUUGCAUUUGCAUCG